AUGUCCCGCUACUUCCCACACACGGCCUACGCAGAAGACCAACCCCUCUCCCGCACGAUUCUCGGGAUCCACGUCCUCACCCGGGGCUACACCACCGGCGCCGUGGUGGGUCUCGGCGCCAUCCCCGUCAGAUCCAUCUUCACCCGCCUCCGCGGCACCGCCGCCAAGGCCCCCACAACGUCGUCAUCCGCCGUAAGCCUCCUCCGUACCACGGGCACCGCGAGCGCCGUCGGCCUGGGCCUCAUGGGUCUCGCCCUCGCGGGACGGAUGCAAGGGCGCGAGGACAUCGAGUGGCGCGAUCGCGCGUGGCGGUUGCUCGAGAACCCGGGCCAGCUGGAGACGGACGACUGGACCUACGGCGGUGCGGCGGCGGGGCUUCUUGCGGCGAGAGUGCGACGCGGGGGUUUGGGAUGGAGGGGUGUUGCUGGAGCGGCUGGGUUGGGGAGCGUGGUCGGGACUGUUGGGUAUAUGGGAUGGAGGUACGGUGUGCACGCUGGGAAGUUCCCGGAAUACGUCGCUAGUGAGAAGGUUGAGGUCGAUCUGGGGAGGGUAUGA